GUGACUGUGAGAUUAGAUUCAGUUCAGCGAUUUGUGAAUUAGCAUUUAUCUAUAUAUGCUAAGAUAAGAAUCAUAAGAUGGCUGAUAAAAUUAGCAUCUUACCAGAAGCAGUUCUCUGUCACAUACUCUCUUUUCUCCCAACCAAGCAAGCUGUUGCCACAAGCGUUCUCUCAAAAACAUGGAACUCACUUUGGCGUUCAGUCCUCACUCUCGACUUCGAAUACAUCGACUAUAUCCGAAGCAGAGAGAACUAUGCUCGCUUUGUGCAGUCCGUGAAUGCUGUUAUCCACUCACGAGAUCUCCAUCAACCCAUCCAAAAAUUACGCCUCACAUUGAACGCUCGUGCUUAUGAUUCUACUAGCAUCACCAAAUGUAUUAAUGUUGCAGUUCAACGCAGACUUCAGCACCUCGAUCUCGAUCUCUCCCUCAGUUGUCAUCAUCCUAUCAACUUGUCUUCCAUCUUCACCUGCACUACUCUUGUGGUUCUCAAGUUGCAUGGGUUAGAGUUGAAACCGUUUCCUGCUGUUGAUCUUCCCUUCCUUAAAAUUCUGCAUCUAGAACGUUUGUCUUUCUCAGGACGCAGGUGUCUCUCUCCGCUUCUUUCCGGAUGUCCUGUUCUGGAGGAUUUCAAAGCAAGGAAUUUAGUUUUUGGUAGUUUUGUUAUUGGCCAGGAGUUUAAAACCUUACCCAAGUUAGUAAGAGUAGAUAUUUCAAUACCGAGCACAUAUUUUCUGCUCAGGAUAGUGUAUAACAAUGUCGAGUUUCUGCGUAUAUACAAGAUGGAAGUUAUGCACUACAUACGUGAUGGUGAAGGCAGAGGCGGCGCCAACGUUUUCCCCAAGUUUCACAAUUUGACCCAUAUUGAACUUGUCUAUAGGAACUGUAUCACUGCUAAAGAUUGGUUGCAAGUAGUGGAAUUGCUCAAGCAUUGCCCCAAGCUUCAAGUUCUUGUCAUUGACCAGCCUCGUUCCCAUGGCGUUGAGUUUGAUGGAAUUGAAGAAGUAGGAGAUUGGCAAUACCCGCCAUCAGUUCCUGAAUGCAUUCUAUUACACCUUAAUAGAUGUUAUCUAAAGGAUUAUAUAGGCACCAAAGGUGAAUUUCAAUUUGCAAGAUAUAUUAUGCAGAAUGGAAGAUCUUUAAAGAGAAUGACAUUAUGCUGUGGUGUUAUGGUAAAUCAACAUCGAAAGCUUAAGAUGUUAGACCAAUUAUCCUCAUGCACUAGGAGCUCUACAACUUGUAAACUUUCCUUUAAAUGAUACCAAACUGAAUUUAGCAACCGCAAGUAGUUUCUUCAUUUCUUCCUUUAACUAGUAGCUAGGAACAAGGGUAUGGAGUUAUGGACCUUGUCUUAAUUUUGAAAUUA